UCAUUUCUGGGUUUUGUUUUUUUUUCUUUCUUGGGUACUCUUUAAUUAUGAUUUGAAGGGACAAUGACUCAUAAUUGCUGUUUUUAAUGCACAAUUCAACCCAUCUUAGUGGGUCGUCUCUCUUCUAUAUUCUCUCGUCCCACCUAGCAAAAGAUAUUGUUUGAUUGAAAGCUUUUUACUCAUUUCUUGCACAUAUUUUUUAUUUUUCUUUAAAGGGUCUUUCCUGGAAGGAAAGGAAAUACUUUUAGAGUUUGGACUUUGGACCUACUCCAUGUCCUAUAUUGUGUCAUGUAAUUUGACCCAAUUAAUGGUUUUUUUGCUGUACUAGAGUGGUUUCGUUGUUCCUAAAGCAUUUGCCGGUGUUUUGUCUGAUUGGUUUUGUAGGCAGUAGUAGCUGAUGAUAUAUGCAUUAGUUAUGACAAAAAGGUGGUGGAGCUUUGUUAUGUAUCCAACAUUUGACUAGAAUUAUCCAAGGUUUCUGUGUGAAACAAGAGGAUGUUGAGUGUGAAUUGGCGCUCUUCCUCCUCUUCUUACCUCUCUCCUCCUCACCUGAAUUUCACAAGUACUCCUGAGAAUGGACAAUCUGGUAGUAUUCUAAAUAUGUCACCUAGAUUAUCAUCCUAUUUUAAUCCUAUUGUACGGACAGAGAGAACAUUACCUGACCAGGCUUCCCUAUGUUGGGACUCCAGGAAGGCAGUGGGUUGUUCCAUCAACUCUAUUCCUUCCGAUGGCACUCCAACUCCAAAGUCAACCGCGGAAUUGAAAGAGGAGAUUGCUACACUUGAGGUUGAAAUUAUGCAUUUGGAACGUUAUCUUCUUUCACUCUACCGGACAGCUUUUGAUGGGAAUCAAUCCACCUUAUCAAAUACUCCUGAACCCUAUUCACAUUACAAGACAAGAUCAUCACAAAAUUUUUUAUCAAAUCAAUUACAUUACAAAAUGGAGCCACAUGUGGGCAAAGGUGAUUUAGUCCAUCAUGAUGAAGUCCUCCCUGCACAUGGUUGGCCCAGUUCAGAUAAUCAGAGUUUUGCUGCAAGUCUAAAAUCAACAUCUAGUAGGGACCCAAAAAAUGGUGAUUCUGGUCAUCGCAGCCUAGCAGAUCACCUUGCUGUGUCUUGCAGUGAUAACACCCUUAAUACUCCAGAUAGACUUUCUGAAGACAUUGUGAGAUGCAUAUCUUCCAUAUACUGCAAACUUGCAAACCACCCUCAGACACAUUCAGGCUUGUCAGCUUCUCCUACUACGUCCUUUAGUUCCUCAAGUAUAUUUUCUUCUAAGAAUCGAUGUGAUAGUUGGAGUCCACAUUGCAUUGAGGAUGCGGCAGUGUGCCCUCAACUUGAAGGAUUAAAAGAAGAUAGUGGACCAUAUGCUGCAAUGAUAGAAGUUCUGAAGAUAUCUUUGGACGAUGAUAGUUUCAAUUUUGCAGCUAAAAUGCUACAAAAUUUCAGGUCAUUGGUUCGGAUUCUGGAGAAGGUUGAUCCUAGAAAGAUGAAACGUGAGGAGAAGCUUGCUUUCUGGAUCAAUAUUCAUAAUGCCUUGGUCAUGCAUGCAUAUUUGGCAUAUGGAAUACAUAAUCGACUAAAAAGUACCUCCAUAUUUAAGGCAUCAUACAAUGUGGGUGGUCAUUGUAUUAAUGCCCAUGACAUACAAGUCUCCAUUCUAGGAAUCCGAUCACACUAUGCAACACCGUGGCUGGCUACACUGUUUUAUCCAGGAAGGAAGUUCAAGACAGGGAGCAUCAGACAUAUAUAUGCCUUAGAAUACCCUGAGCCACUGGUUCAUUUUGCGCUAUGCUCAGGGGCAUACUCUGACCCUCCAGUUCGAGCCUACACAGCAAAGAAUAUAUUUCAGGAUCUCAGACUUGCUAAAGAAGAGUUCAUUCAAACCAGUGUCCACAUCAACAAGGAAACAAAGGUUUAUCUGCCAAAAAUCCUAUACUACUAUUCAAAGGAUAUGUCACUAAGCAUGCAUGGGCUCUUGGAGGUUAUACAUGAGAAUCUAUCAGAAGUUCAACAGAAGGCUAUCAAAAAAUGCAUUAAGGGAAGGGUCGAUAAGUGCAUCCAUUGGUUACCACCAAGUUUAACAUUUCGAUAUGUGAUCCAUGCAGAAUUAGCCAAAGGGAGAACAACAGUGUGAUUGACUGUUACUCUGUAUGUACGAGGGAUCGUAAAGAGUUUGCUUUUUCUUAACCAAAUAAGGGAUAAAUGUCAAGCUGUACAGGGGUAAUUAGAGUGAAAAAACUACAGGAUUUUCCACAUCCGCUUUCUUUGUACGUACAUUUAGGUUGUUUGAGAAAGUCUAUUGUUUCCA